AAAUCCUGUUGUCAUGUGUCCAGACAUCAAAGAGGGGUUGACGGGCGACGAUGAUAUAUAAUAUUGUCAGUAUCCGUCGCGUCGCGAGUAGGAGCACAUCGCUGAUAUUGACAACGUUUGUACACGGCUUCUCGGACACCAGUGACAGGCGUCACUUCCUUUUACACUGAAACAGACAUCAUAAUCUAUCAAGAUUUUCCCCAACUCAAACCGAGGUCUGCCUGGCAGCAUGUUCCCGUGUUUUCACUGUCCACCGUCGCUUCACCCGGCAGUCCGACCCCUGGGGCUUGACUACAGCUGCCAGCCCCACACGCCAUAUCCGGCAUAUGGUCUACAUACAGAUCUCCAUGACGACACGUUUGCGCGGCGGAAGCAGCGCCGCAACAGAACGACCUUCACCUUACAACAGCUGGAGGAACUUGAAAAAGCCUUUGCGCAGACCCACUAUCCAGAUGUAUUCAUGCGCGAGGAUCUGGCGAUGCGCAUUAAUCUCACAGAAGCUCGAGUUCAGGUAUGGUUCCAGAACCGGCGCGCCAAGUGGAGAAAAAGUGAGAGAUUUGCACAACAACAGCCCCAGGGGGGUAAGGGUGAUAUGCCCGGGGGUGAGGAGUCAGAACAGCACAGUGACACCGAUAUAGGUGUGGAGGUGGGACAGGAAGGUGUGAGACCGGAAGAUAGUGAGGAGGUGAAGGACACACUGGGUGAGACAGGGGAGAUCACUGUGGCUGAGGAAACAAAACUUUCAGGUGUCGCGUCACCCGUUUUGGAGUCUAAACCAAUUGUGUGUACAGAAACGCAAGAUACUAGUGACAUUCCAGAAAACCUUGUGAUCAAAGACGAUACGGAGGAAUCUGAUCGGGACAAUAAAGGUGAAGCACGAGAUUUGUGUGUGUCAGAUACCGAAGGGCGGGAAACACCAGACGACCACGAAGGGCCAGACGACAGGAGCACGACAGCAGACGACAGACAGCAGGCACAGACAGAGGAGGAUACUAACAGACCCACGCCGUCUGAGUUCGACUCCCUGGCACCUGGUGAGCCUUCCUCCCCCGCAGGUCUGAAGACAUCAGUCAGCACCAUGCCGUCACUUGGAUUGCCUCAGUCAGACUUCUUCGCCAAAGUGAGCGCAGGUCAUCUCCCGUUCUCCCAGUCUCUACUUGUGGCUUCAGCUUCCAGGCCAGGGUUCUUCCCUAUGUUUGACGGGUCCAGCAUGAAGCCAUGUUACGACGCUCAUUUUAACCAUAGACCCCUGCUUCAACACUAUCCACAUCCGGCUUUUAAAGGUUGUAUGCCAUUUUGCCUGUGUUCCAACCCUUCGCGACCAACAUGGCCGCCAUUUCUAGCGAUGCACGAGCACCGGAACUCAUCUGUAGCGGAACUGAGGCGACGUGCGCGUGAGCAUGCGGAGGCCAUGGUUGCCAGUUCAACUGACCGAUUAUUCAAACCCGAGUGAUCAAGAUCAAAAUAUCAUAUCAAGGACUGAUAGCAUUGUAAACUAAGAUCACCAUGCCGCAUAUGUAUAAUUCAAUGACAGAUGAAUAAUUCAUUGUCUAAAGUUAUGGACAUCUUUGUUCUAAAUACGAAACCAAAGAAACGGCCAUUGUAUCAUGUGGGCGUAUAGACGUGUUUGAAAUAUGUGGACAUGUCAUGUGACCGGAAGUUAAAAUGUCCUCACAUGGCCAAGAUGGCGUCAUGAACGGUCAAAAUAGUGCUGUUUUGUAUAUAGUGAUUACCGUAUUCAGGCCAAAAACAUAAAUGUUACACUAAUUAAUACGCAUAUGUAAAUACAUAUCAUGCAAAAUGACAUGAUCUCUAGACGUGGGGAUGAAGAAGUCUUUAAUGUAUUAUUUGAACCCUCUGAGCCCAUGACUGAUCACACGUGAAUAUAAAGAUAUUGUCUGAAUGUGAAAUUGUCAGUGUAAAUAUGAAGCGUCUGUGUGUAUGUAUCGAUGAUUACCGUUAUGUUUAGAGCGAUAUAUUACGGGUGGGGGGCGCUUUUUUCUUCGUGUAAAUGUUGGUAAGAAACUGGUAAAGGUUUCCCCACAAAUAUGCUCCUUUUGUAACAGCGUUUAUUAUGAUUUUCAUAUUUUUGUAUUAAUACGCAACGUCGCUGUGAUAUUUCAUUCUAUUUGUUGUCUUUUAAUCAUUUGAUGAUUUUAUUUGGACAUACGAGGUUAUGAUAGUUCAAAGAACACACAUUUUAAUUCCGCUAAGACAUGAUCAAGAUUGAGUACAUACAAAACACAUUAUUCAAAAUUCAUAUUAUAUAUCCUUUAGUAUUAUAUAUAUUUCAUAUUGCCGAAAUACACUGCCGGGCAAAUAAAACUAUACACUUUGGAUACAAAAUUGGAUUUGACCCAAAAAUUAUAAAAGUUAUUAAGAUGUUACUAGGCUGAAAUAUUCGCCUUAACACUGCAAACAUAAGGUCUAGAUACAUCACCAUCGACUAAGCAUUAUUUUUAUUUUUUUCAUUUUUAACCACAUGGGUGUACACUUUUUUGGAGCGACAGUUUAAAUCACUGAUGCAAACAAUGUUUAUAACCUUGAGAAUUUUUUUACGCCGACUUCGGGGUGUCGUAAUUUUAAAAUAGAAUUUUAAAUUCUGUGAUUAACAACGUUGACGCAUAAAUAUACGCGGUUCCAUAGAUACGCAUUUACAUAAUCUAAAAUUGUAUAAACUUAUUAACAGUUGUGAAAAGAUCAAUGUUUUCAUGUAAUAUUACCAGCUCUGAAUCACCAUAAAUAACAUUUUUAUCAUUGCGUAUCUUCUCGUUUACCUUGCUUCUUCUCCUGUUUAACAAUGCUUGUGCAAUAAACUGCUUCUCCUGUUUUUACAAUGCAAGUGCAAUAAACUGCCAUCAGAAUUGUUGCAUUUGUUUAGGCCAUGACAUUUUGGUGCAAUCGUUUAUGUUAGCAAGUAAUUGAUGAUUUUUUCAUUAUUUGUGGCAACUUUGUUUAUUUACAAGAUGUAUAUGUAUGUUCAAAUGUUGUAAUGAUUGUUGAAAUGUUGAAAUAAUGUUUUGUUUUGAAUAAAAAAAUCU